UUUUCAUAACUGGACACUCCAAUUCAUCGUUAAACCGUGCAUGCGUGCCAAUGAAUAUUCUUUGAGAAAUGGUGAAACAAAUUUUUAAACAGCUGCUGCAAUGAAACACGCACUUCUCGUACGUUCUCUACGUCGCUACAGCUAGAGCUAUAGUGACGUCCAUAAAAAUAGAGAAACGCUCAAACUACUAUUUACUAAGUAUAAUUGCAACCCCAUUCACUGAUCAAUGCCCUUUUAUAACGGCAUUCCUAUACUUCCAAUAUACAACGGCAACUGCUAAGCUUUGUCAAAUUUUAUUCUACUCACCGUAACACGUUGUUCCGCCAGUUACGAUCCCUUGCAUUUUUCCUUAACAGUUUCCUCUAGUCUAGGUUAAAGCUUACUUCACUGGUACACCUGGUGCAUUGCUAGAUACAUACUUUGAUGCAGUACUAGUCCCCGUUCUACUUUCAUUACUCUGCAGUUCCAACGAGAUACUAUUUCUAUCUUCAAUCCCUAUGUAUGAAGCUUCGACGUACGACGUGUCAAGUUCUCCCAGCACGACUUUAUGUUAGUGUUUACUUCAAUGUCGUACACUCGAAGAGAACUGUUCACCUAUUGCAUUUAAAAGUGACCUCCGAAACUUAAUAUUCUGCCCUUGCGCAAUUCAAUAAACGGAUGCUUGAUAAUGAAUGAAAUGAUUCUUUUUUUACCAUUUACUUGAGUUUUACGUGGAACACAAGGUAAACAAACAUCCUUACGACGCAACCCGCCAAACGACACUAAUCAACAAACUAUAGUACACUGUGAAUAGUCUAUAUUGCGUCACUGGCUUAAGGCUUAUGUUUGGCCAUAAUAAGAGCAACAUGGCUCUAUGGCGUCGUCUGCUGGUCGGACAUUAUAGGGGGAUGUAAUAUUCAGGAGUAUCUGCACAAAUGAGAGAAAACAAUGAUAAGUUAAUGGAAUAUUAAGGGAAACGGAUUGUGAACAUUAGGUAAUAAAGAUAUGAUAUAGCAAAUGUAAACAAGUCUAAAGCUCUAAGAAGAAUGGUGGAGCACUUGUUGAGAUUUAGAGGCGUCGUGAUCUGCGCAAAUGAAGGCGUAUUGGUCGUUUCUUGUUCCUGAGGUUUAGAGUGCCCUUUGCCUCCCUCCAUCAGACGCACGACGUCAUUCUGAUUCAAAAGGAAAGUUCGUUAAAGUCAAGCGUCCCACGCAGUGGAGUCCUACUGUAACAGGUGUACCUUUAACUCAGAGUAUGAGCGACUCCAGUGAAAAUCUUAAAUACAAAUGGACUCCCGAGAGUACUACUUUACUCGUAUCUGUAUGGACUGACAAACAGGUUCAGAAACAAUUGGAAUAUACUACUAAGCCACAGUUGAUAUGGGAGAGUGUGGCUCGUUAUAUGAGGAAGAAGGGAUAUAAUGUUUCCGGUAAACAAUGUCGUUCGCGAAUGAAGCAAGUUUUGGUGUGUUAUCGAGAAGCCAAGAGGGUUGGUACCAGAGCGGGUGUCGAGCAAUAUUAUGAAUCCAUUGACAAAGUUCUUAAGAAUAAGCGUCUUGAGAAUAUUAAUAUUAAUGGACUUGAUACUGUGGACUCAUCAUGCUCAGCCAACAUCAAGUCCCCACCAAAAGAUGCUAAGACAAAUAAGAAUAUCCAGAUGAAACACAAAUAUAGGGAUCCGCUUGAUGUACCACUGAGAACUGAAGCACUGUCUCCUUCGUGGGAGAUGCCACCAAAUGAUGAAGACUAUCCUGAUUCUCCAGAAUCAAACGAAACUGUCUUGGCACGACCAUACUGUGCCUUCUCUCCUAUACGAGAUGCUGCUACUAAUACAGCGCGUCGAGCUACUCCCAUGACUACAAAAUUUCGACAAAAUUCUAUGCCUCUUGAUGAAUCACCAAUUCGUGAGACAUACAGACAGAAUUCAUUGCCCAAUAAUCGAUUUAGUGAAGUGCCUUACCAGAACACUGUACAGAAUGUGCAGAAUCAAAUAAUACAAGAAAACAUGCAGCAGAACCAAGCACUCUUAAGUCAGAAUUUAUUGCAGGCAGAAAAUCACUUACUACGUCAAAAUCUAUUACAAAUAAAUCCUGCAUUUCAACAAAACCUAUUCCACACUGUCGAACAAGGUGUUUCAUUGGAUCAAGUUUCAAGACCAAGGAGUACAAUGGUCAGGAUGCACCAGAAUCCACAAAUAGAAAAUAUUUUACGAACACAAAACCAACUGCAGCAAAGCGCUCCAGUAGAUAAUCGUGCCAUGCCUCAGGAACCUCGUAAAGCAGCGUUUCGGCAAAACUUUAUGGAGAACUACAAACAAUAUCGAGAGACAAUACCAUCUCAACAUUAUGAUCCUAAUUUGAAUCUCGCCACACCUAUGUCGCCAAGCUAUUCACCUGAUUUAGCACCAAAUCUAAAUGAUGCAUUUUGCCAAACACCUAAGACCGAUAAAGCUUAUAUGUUGAAUGAAACUUUUGAACGACCAUCGAGACUUGACCGUGCCUUUUUAGAUUUGCCCAAUGCAGAUCUCACAACUUUAACAAACAAUGCAACAUUCAAUGAUGAUACAUUAUCUAUCGAGUUCUUGCAAGAGUCGCCGACGCCUUCUGAGAAUAAUAACAAUCUAGAGAAGAAGAAAGACUUCGCCAUGAAUACAGAUACUAUGCCAGAUGCUCCGUUUAGAAAGAAGAAGGCACAAAAAUUAGAACAACUUAUGAUCAGUGCUUUGAGUUCCCAGAGUGACGUUGUGAACAAGAUCCUGGCUGCGCAGAAUGACAUGGUUUCGCGGUUCCUAGACCUGGACAGAGAUCGUCAGAACAGAUUAGAGAACCGUUUAGAUCAUCUUCUAGAUGUGGUACAUGCUUCUGUGAUAAAUAAGAGUCCCGAAAGGGACGUUGCUGACAUUCCUCAGCUUCCGGCAGAUCCGAGGAUCACAAGCCUGGUUCCCCCACCGAAACCAGGCGUUGUACCGCCGAAAUUGGACCUGGUACCGCCAAAACCUUGUCGUGUGCCUUGCACCAUGGCUAAUACUCGGAUAGAAAUGGUGAACCAAAAAGGCUUUGUGACAAGGCCCGGUGUUAUAUCACCAGGACCAGUAGCAGCGCCUAGAAGUCCUAAUAGUCCUAAGAAACAGGGUACCAUAUGGUCUAAACUGGGACCAGUUUCCCAAUCUCCAUUUGUGAGGGCCCAACGUGAAUUAGGACUCAGAGUUAAUAUGAAUUUCGAUGCAGCUCGUACACAAUCCUCAGCCGAGAGACGUAUCGCCCAGCAGGUAUCAGUGGCAAUGGAUUCUAAGUCCCUUAUCCGUGAGACAGCUACCUUCCUCCAAAUGGAGAAGCAGCUAGAGGAAAGAAUCGAGGGUGCUCGUCUUCAGGAGAAGAUGAGCCAGGAAUUGACAGCUCGCAGAAGACUAUUUACGCAGCGUGAACCCACUACUGCUAUGAUCCUCACAGCAGCAUUCCUAGAGGCUGAGCGUGAAAAUUAUUUAAAUGAUAACUACUCAACACACAAUAACAAUCGUUACACUAGGUCUCAGGCUGAACGUGGUUAUCAGUACAAUGGCGGCAUAGCUCAACGUAGAUCUGAUGAGAAUCUUUUGGCCGGACAAGGUGAGAGUUAUGAACGUUUACGACAACUAAAUACACAAGAGCAACAAAUACUGGAAGAGCCAUCAGAUUCGUCGACUCCGGCAAGACCACGUCUACGGCCACCUUCUCCAGUUCCACCACCCAAAGUUCAUCCACUGCGCGAACGUGACAGUAGUGAUGAAGAGCCUAGACAAACCAUUCAACAGCUGGCACGAUUGGUUAUGAACAGUGCACGCUGGAGAAAUGCAGCCGGUACUCAGGAUAAUCGAUUUGGUAAUCGCCUAGCAGCAACUCGGGUACCUAGUGCUCCGUCAAACCUCAGAGGACCCAACCAGCAAUUUAACGCUCAGUCAGAAGGUGGCAAUCAGAUCCAUCCUGGUCAACCUACCGGAAAUAUACCACCUCCUCCGAAGCCACCAUUACGUGACAGAUAUUCGUAUCCUGCCGGCGAUACAAAAUUCUCGAAGAUGCUACCUGGAGAUGGUGGUAGGUUCUCCCUUUACGAGAAACCACCCGCAGCUAAUAAUCUAAAUGCAUUGCCCCCUAUGGGUUUCAUUUCGAGAAAUCCAGGAGAUCCCAUUUUCAAUAGCCUUAAUUCUGAAGGAGACAUACAGAAGAAUGAUUACUUAGGAAAAAUGGGAUUUGUUAAACAUGCUUCUGGUUCAGCAGCUACAUCGGAACAACCGGACAUCCGGUUCCAAGACAAUAGAAAUUCCAUGGACGACGAUGAAGCUCUUCGUUGUCUUCAACAAUUAUACGCAGAGCGUAUCUAUUCGCGCAACAAUGACGCACAUCCCCCUUUUAUGACGAAUAACGGAAAUGCCAUUAUGGCGCGCAAUCGUGAUUUAAUCGAACAAUACGUUCACGAAUUAUUACCUAAUAAACAAUUCAAAGAUACGGAUUCCGAAAACGAUGAGGAGUUCUUGGAUACUACUGGCAGUAUGCCACCUACUUCGUCUUCCAGAAGAGGCUCCAUUACUUCCACUGGUACUGCAGGAUCGGCAGCUACUGGAAAAUCCGGUAAAUCCGACGCACCUCAUUGCGUAAUAAGUUAAUCGAAGUCUUCCAGAAUAUAAGACGUCAAUUUAUCAUUUAUCUUUAACAGUUGACUCACCUUAUCUAUGCGAAUUAAAAAGAAAUAACAUUUUUAUUUAGUAUCAUGUUAAAGAAUUUACAGUUAAUACAAUAUAUACGUAUUAUUGUGCUCAAGAAAAAUCCUUUUUUUUCGGAUACUUUCUUAUCUCGUGCAAUUACAAUUAUCGUAUAAUAACGAUAUCACGUGAUAAUUAUUUAAUACUAUAUCAUAUAUCAUACAAUUUAUAUUACUUACCAGGGACAUGGUAUAACGGGAAUCUGUGCCUUUUUUUGUUAUUACUAUAUUUAGCCAUAAAAUAAUUAUAAUUUUCUAGAGAGCGACUCAAAUUAAGUGCCUUAUAAAUGCAAUUUAUCAAUUGUACUACGUUGCAAUGUACACGUCAAUGUGCCAAUACGAGAAUAAUAAAGCUUCCAUAUAUCCUUAUA